AUGGGUGAUACAAAUGACUAUGUAUAUUCUGAUAAAGAAGCUUUUCUUAACUUACAUUUAUCUUCAAUGAAUAUUGAAAAUAUACUAAUAGAGAAUCAUGAGGCUUGUGCGAUAGGCUAUGUAGCUGGAUGGGUGUGUAGUAAACUGAUUCAUCAAGAAUGUGUAGAUAAGCUAGCUGCCAAAAGUGAGGAUAAUUGUCAAAUCAACCUGGAAAAUACACAUAUAGAAAUUAAAUUGUAUCAAAAUUCUAGUUUAUUAUAUCCACUUAAACCACAUUAG